AUGUCGGAUGUCCAAGAAUCGACAAUCUGCAGUUGGAUUCUUGAAUAUGCUUGCCAUCGAGUGUGGCAAGAGAUGAAAGACUCAUUGACGGUAUCGUUGUCAAAGGGUUGGCUCUACGUCAUUCAAACGAGUUUCAUCGACUUUAUUGACGUAAACACGAAGGAGAGAUGGAAGUCGCUCAUAAUAAUCUGUAAACUCUGCGACUUGCUCUACCGGGGAAAGGUGGCUUUUGAAUCAAGUGGAACCCCUGACGAGGUUUAUGCAGCAGUGGAGGCGUUAACGUCAGCGUCGAGUCACUUCACAAGUCUCUGUCAAGAUUACGAUGAGAACGUACGAGGAAAAGUAACAUCGUUGGUGGAACAACUAGAAAUUGGUAUUGUUCUUGGAGAAAUCAGAAGUGGACAAACAAGCAAAGCAAAAGACCACGUUAACCAGUUGCUUAAACAUGGUCACGGAGAAGGCAUGUUGUCCACUGUACAUCAAGAGAUUUGUGAAGGUCGUGCUAUUUCUGCAUUUGACAUCUGCAAGCUAAUGGAAGAUUAUAACUACAGACACGUUUUGUCAGAGUUUGUUGAAGUCAUGAUACCAAUUGUAGAUUGUUUUCCUCAGCCGGUACUCUCUCGUUGGAUUGACAGCUAUGUUGCUAUUGCUCGUGAGGAACCCGAUGUCAACUUUGUGCCACUGUCACGUCUUUUUACCAUCUUUACUACUUCACAUGAUAAGCACAGAAAUUGUGAUGUAUCUGCACGCGAUCAAUGGGAUAGGGAUGUGUUAAUUCUGCCAUGUAAGCAGCACCUCGUCAGUGAAGAAGCAGUCAAGAAAGAGCAUUUUACAAGAAAGAAAAGAAAACGUGACAGAGAAACCAAUAGUGAUAUUUGUGACAGUGGUGAGGAUGCAGGCACUGCCAGCAUGUCAAUGCUUGCUUCAAACUCUCCAAAACAGAGAAAGAAAUCAAGAAGAAACAAAUCUCAAUCUCACAAUGGCAUCAACGAGAAUGAAUCUCGUAUUCCUGGCAGAACAGACGAGUACAAACGCAUGAGAGAGUUAGUUGAGAUGGAAGAGAGACUUCAGGAACGAGUGGUUGACCCACUAGACGAGAAUGUAGACAGCAGUGAUGAGACGAGGAACAAGGAACCAGAGAAAACAAGGAACCUGGAGGCAAAUGUUGUUCAAGUUGCUGAUGGUCCAGGUUUGGAGUUGAACUGGAGUGGAAGUGAGUCUGGUCACAUUUCCAAACCCUUGAAGUUUCCUCGUUCGAAACGCAGACAUAGAGAAUCUUUGGAACUACAACAGGCAAGGCCUCUCCCCCGUUGGUCAAGAAAUGCAGAAAGUGUACCUAGAAUGAAAUGGUUGCAAGACGAAGUAAAAAAUCUGAAGAGGGGUGUUCGAGAGUUGGGAGUGGGAAACUGGGCAGCCAUCCUUGAUCAGUACAAGUUCCUCUCACAUCGGACGUCUGUGUCAUUGAAGGAUAAAUGGCGAAACUUAGUAAAAGCUGGAGACAUCAGUUUGGAUGACAGUAAUGAUGACUAGUAGUAGCAAUAGCCUUUUCAAAUGUUGUCUGAUUUAACUGAAGACAGGAGUUCAAAAGUUGGGAGUGGGAAACCGGGCAGCCAUCCUUGAUCAGGACAACUUCCUAUCACAGCGGACGUCUCUGUCAUAGAAGGAUAAAUGGCGAAACUUACUAACAGUAGCUGAGCUGAAUACAUAAAUUUGGAUGACAGUAAUGACGACUAGUAGUAGCAAUAGCCUUUUCAAGUGUUGUCUGUUCUAACACACUUGUGCACUAUAUUAUUAUAAUUUAUAUAAUAUGGAUUAGUACAUUGUACUA